AUGAGUGGCAGUGACAAACAGCGCCUUUUGGUAAUCGGAAAGAGCCGAGAUCCAAGAUGUUUCCGAGGGAAGAAGAGUCUACCCGUCGUAUAUCGAUCAUCAGCAAAAGCCUGGAUGACAAGUGAUAUUUUCCGGGAAUGGCUGAAAGAUUUUAACAAACAAAUGGUGAGUCAAAAUUGGAAAGUUCUCCUCCUCGUGGAUAAUUGCUCAGCCCAUCCUAAGGAUGCCGCAGAUAGACUUUCAAAUGUGAAACAGGAAUUUCUGCUGUCCAAUACUACAUCCGUGAUUCAGCCUUGUGACCAAGGAAUUAUUAUAAACUUGAAGACCCUCUACAGAUCACAAGUGGUGAGGAAAAUUAUCAAUGAAAUCGACAGUGUGUGCUCUGCAACGGACAUCGCUAGAAAACUAACUCUCUUGUACGCCGUGCAUUUGUUAAGUAAAGCGUGGAAAGGCGUGAAAACAUCAACAGUAGUGAACUGUUACAGAAAAGCGGGUUUUGUGCAGGAAACUGUGGCUGAAGAAGAGGAAGAAAUAGACAUACCAGAAGGCUUCAACAGGGAGGAGUUCUUAAAUUACGUGGACAGUGACACAGAUCUGGUUACCACCGGCUACCAACAGAUGAAGAUAUCUGUGCCCAGUUCAUGA